CAAGCCCUACGUGAUUUUCCCCCCCUCUUUGAAAAAGCCCCUUUGCACUUAAACUCUCUAUACAUGUGGGGUGGCUUUUUAAACUCCCUCUAUACAAACAUAUCUAUUAAGAGCGAUGGGAAGUGGGGGGUAGCCUAUUUUUUUAAUCCAGGCACCAACCUCCCCCCCUACCGCCUCAGAUGUCUGGCUGCUUUUCUUAAGUGCAAUCAUCUAUAAUUGAGAAAAAAAAAAAAAGCCAUACGUGGAAAUGUGUGUGUGAGAAGGUGCAUCCUGAAGCAGGGUUUAGUUACAAUCGAUCUUGGGGGGAAAAUAUUGCCUAUGGUCCAAAAAUAAGGAGCAACUAUGUCCUUCUCUCAGUUCGGAUACCCCUACAGCACCACUUCACAGUUUUUCGUGCCCGCCAGCCCCAGCACGACCUGCUGCGAGGCCGCCCCUCGCUCCGGGCCGGAUGCCUCCUCGGCGCCGGCCGCCGCCUCCCUGUGCUGCGCCCCGUACGAGGGCCGGCUGCUGGCGCCCGGCCGCGCCGAGCUCAAUGCGGCGCUGGGCAUGUACGGAGCCCCGUACGCCGCCGGCCAGGGCUACGGCAACUACCUGCCCUACAGCACCGAGCCCGCCGCGCUCUACACCGCGCUGAACCCCCAGUAUGAAAUCAAGGACGGCGCCGGCACGUUGCACUCGGGAAUCGCGCAGCCCGCUGCCUACUACUCCUACGAUCAUUCCUUGGGGCAGUACCAGUACGACAGGUACGGGACGGUGGAUUUCGGUGGUUCGGCCAGACGCAAGAAUGCAACGCGAGAGACGACAAGCACCCUCAAGACCUGGCUGUACGAGCACCGCAAAAACCCCUACCCCACCAAAGGAGAGAAAAUCAUGUUGGCCAUCAUCACCAAAAUGACCCUGACCCAAGUGUCCACUUGGUUUGCUAACGCCAGACGGAGGCUCAAGAAAGAAAACAAAAUGACCUGGUCUCCCAAGAACAAAGCGGGGGAAGAAAGAAAAGAAGAAACCCCGCGGGAAGAGGAUGAAUACAGUGUAGAGGACGAAGGCAGAGAGCAGAAGAGCUACAAGGAGGACAAGGAGCUGCGGUUCAGCGACCUGGAGGAGGAGGAAGAGGAGGAGGAGGAGGCGGGGAAGCCGGAGAAGGGCCGGGCCAGCUCCCUGCAGGAAGCCCCCAGCCUGGGCGCGGCGCUGCCCGAGGCUCCUCGAAGCGACUGCAGCCUGCCCGGCCCCUUCCACGCCUUUUCCUGCGCCAAGGCCCCCGCCGCGGACUUCGCCCCUGCCUCCCUGGCCGGCCCGCCGCCGCCCUACGCGCCCGCGGAAAAGCCGCGCAUCUGGUCGCUGGCGCGCACGGCCGGGGCCAGCGCGGCGCGCAGGGGCAGCCCCGAGGGCCGCGGCGCGGAGGGAGGCGGCGGCUCGGCGGCGGAGCAGCCCCUGCCCGCCAAGGCCUUCCGGAGCUCCGCGUUCAGCCUGCAGCCGCUCCCGCGGAGCUGCGCGUCCCACCGCGGCCUGGGGGAGCCGUGCCAGUUCGCGGCGGCGGGCGAAGGCUUCGGGCGGGGCGCAAAGGGCGGCCCGGGAGGCGCGGAGUUGGGCGGGACCUGCCUGGACAGGCUGCGGACGGCGUUCCGGCCGGUGCUGCGGAGCGCCCAGCUUCGCCAAGGCGCGUCAGUCCGCGGUCGCUACGCGCCAUCCCGGGGCGGAGGAGGAAGAGGAGGAGGAGAAGCGGCGCAGGUUACGCCGGACUGUUUCUUUCCCGUCUCUGUACAUAGAUACAGCUGAAAAGUAUUUUUCGGAGUCUCUAAUUAACACGGAUGAGCUGAACGCCGCGAAGCCGUCAGUGACCCCGGAGCUCUCCAGCCAGGAGCCGGCACAGCCCGGGCGGAGCGGCCACGGGCACCCGCCGCCCGCCCUGGGGCACGGCCGGGGCACCCCCGGGCAGCGGGUGGCGACCGGGCGGCGAAGUAGGACGUUGUUAGUGGGUCACCGCCGUCAGUCAGUCAAAAGAGCAGUGCUGCACUUUACAGGACAGACGAGAAAGGGAAACCGUAUCUCUGCAUUAUUUCUGUUUAAUUAAAAGUGUCAUCAAACACUUUGUGUUCAGACUAAUAAACCAAGCAGGGAUGAGGAAAGAAUGUUUCUUUGUUCCUGUCUCUGGAAGCAGUGGCAAUAAUUUAAAUUAAUAACUGUGGUAAUUAAGAGGUCAUCUAUAGAUCAACCCGAUACCUGCUAUUUCCAAGUUCACCGGGGUCAGCAUUUACAUUAAGUCAUUUGUGGUCAAUAGAGUCCAAUGAAUUCUGCCUUAAUAAAUCAGGGAAAUCAAUCUUGAA